GGGCAGGCCCAACUCAUUAUCGUCCGGCGGUCCUGGGCUCAAUUCUCGUCAUUGUGGAUUCUUCUUCGAGUCCCGUCUGUUUUAUCGGAUUUGAGCAACGAGUCCAGCCAGACGAAUUGGCAUUUAUGCGAGAAGCCUCGCGUCAUGAGAUGACGACUGAAAGCCAUAGUAUGAAUGGAAUCCUGUGGCUACAAUGACGAACGAGUGCCUUGUUUCCUGUAGAAUAUAGAGUUUGUGUGUGCUCUUGUUCCACGGCGGACAGGCCUCCUAGCCAGAUUAUUCUGAGACAAGCGAUGUCGGGUGUCCUUGUUGUAUCAGGGCAGCUCUCAAACAAAACUGCAAGCUCAGCUUGGCUUUGCAACCUUUCGAGGCUCGCAAAUGCCUGUUUCGGGAUCUCUGUAUUCUUUCCAACUGAUAGGGACCAUAUCAUUACCCGCCUCACUCGUAGCCAUAACAACGCCCAGCUCGUUUGAAGCCGUCGAUAGGUAGUAGUUGGCCUGGUCUCCGAGAGAAAUCUAGCACGAAUAUGUCAACACCACCACCCUAUACGAAGGAGUAGGGAAACUCACCACUUGCGCGCGGACGAUGUCGCCAGGCUUAAAGGACUCGUAAAUCUUAACCUUAUCCUUUUCUGUUGCCCUCACGUCUUGCACUCUGAUCACACCCUGCCACUCUGUCUGCAAAACUGUGUCGCCAACUUGCUGAAUCACCACAAUGGCUUGCUUUGGCAUCAGGCGCAGGACACGCGCGAGGACAAUAUUCUCGACGUCGGGCAGUAUCUCGCGCUUGCGGCCAUGGCGGGAAACGGAAAUAGUAGCAAGCUCCUCUGUCGUAGGUGCAGUGAUCUUGUUGAGACGCUUUUGAGGGCCGGGGUUCUUUGUCGGGGGUGUCACGGUGACUCGGCCAAGCAGAGAAGAAACAACAUUGCCUUCGUAAACAUGUGUACCGGCCCCGGGCGCAAAUUUGGUGACCGGGCCUAGGACAUUGCCGGGCAGGGCAACGGAGGGAAUGUCGUCGACAGCCAUAACCUUCGAUUUAGGUGCUUAGGUGAGCUUGCGGUGAAGGGUGUGAAGGCUUUGCUUUAUUCAGCUCCCGCGUGGGUGAAUAUGCUUAUUCACCGGAAGUCGUCAGCUCAAUCUUUGCGGAAUAUCGGAGUUGGGUUUUGGAUGACGAAAGCUCAAUUCAGCCUUGCAGUAAUGCAGUCUCAUUGUAUCCAGACUUUGCUGAAAUUCUCCCAUCCAUCGGGACGGCUUUCAAUUGCGGGGCCGACAUUGGAGCUUGUGUGUUAUGUAAGCGCCAAAGUGGUGCUUAAGUCCCUGCCGACUAACUCCGUCCUACACAUAACUGAGUCCGCCGAAUCGGAGCCGAGCUUUCAUGCAAGAACACUAUUCGACGACGAGUCUAUCGGAUCUUUAUGUUCCUCCUCGCUUACACGAUGCAAUGCAGUAGUCCGGCUACUAAGAGAUGCAUGGGCGGGGAAGCGGUAAGGUCUUUUGGGCAUGGAGAGAUAGGCUUUGUCAUGGAAGCAGGACAAGGCAAAUGCUGAGCUACCAUACCUCGGAUUCGAGGUCACCAGACCAAAGAGCCGUUAUGUUGUGCAUGGCAUGACAAGGAGGUUAUGCUGAGUGACUGCCCAGACUCCCCAAAGACUCUGGUCCUAAGUCGGUUGUCAACUCGUCUCGAAUGAGUUGGUCUAGAUUCUAGCCAUAGUUUUGGGUACAGUCACAACGUGUUUACCGUUCAUCGACCGCGCUGAGCAACCAAAGUCGAAGGAUUCAGCUUGUAGCAUUCGACUUGUUCAACCGCCAGUGCUCGACAACCUCAGCUUGUACGAUGCGUAUUACGCCCGUUUAAACGGGCUGAACUGGCAACAUCUCCCAGCAACAGUUGCCAACCCAGGUAACUUGGCACAAUGGCACGUCCUAAAAUCUAUAAAACGCAGAUGUAUGGUGCCUCCUGGAGUUCGAGGAAUGGCUUCUAGUGCAAAUAGUGGAGGAGGUGGUUCCGCGCGGGAUCUCCACACCCACGCCCACACCCCUUGGCAAAAACUGGCUAAUGAGAGGCACUUCGUUUUCGUUCAAAGAUCCUAAAAGGAUGUUUUGCUGGUCAGAGCUUACCUAGUAUACGUGGAAACUGCACGAGUUCCAGAGCGAGAGGCCGAGCCGAAGAGCAUCCAUCAUGAUGUUAUUCUCGACGAACCGAGCCACUUUCGGCCCAGGUCUCUGUUUCCGUUCAGUCGCUUUGUGUCUUCUCUGUUGUUACAACCACCAUUUACAGAGUUGUCAGAGUCAAUCCGGUGACUCAUUGCUUGUUAUUCCAUCAUGAGACUCUCAUAGCCGUCAUCGAAACUGUAACGAAUCCAUCCUUCACGUCACAGGCACCGGCCCCCCUUGGCGCUAUCUCCGCGUGGUAGGCACCCAGGUUUAUUGCCGUAAUCCGAAUCUGUUGAGAGUCGGUUCAAAAGGUCUCUAGUAAAGGGAUGAUUUUACAGUGCUUUGUAAUCCAUUGGGUCCUUUGUUUGCUCUCUUCAUCGACCAUACAGCCGAUGCAGCCACACCCAACCCACUCACACACCCCCCUGUAGACGGAAUCUACUUGCUACUGUCAUUUUGACGAGAUUCUAUUACUUUUCUAAUUCGCCUUUAUUUCCUUUCCCUUCGUCUUAAAUUCCCAUCUAUCUCUUGUGUCUUUUCUCAUUUCAUCACGCCAAGAUCGACCUGUGGGCCGUCCAUCGAUCGUUUUUGUUUCUUGGCAACCCAUUGCGAGGUUGUAUUGCGAUCUCAGAGACGAAAGUCUAUUGUUUCCGGCUCAAUUCCGUCGCCUUUCACUCCUCAUAGUGUCAUUGGUCUCACGGCGGCCUUGUACAAAGUUGAUAUUGCUUGUGAGACUGUCUCUGGGUAUCAUUCGAUAUAGGCUUUAGUGGCUAGCCUCAGAGUUAUUCCACAACCCAUAUCUGUUAUCCAACAUUCACAGGAUAUACGAGAUUGAUACAACGCAAAUAUGCCUGAUCCUGUGGACAAGGAGCUUCAGCCCUCUAAUACCCAAGCAGCUUCUCUCUCCCCAACAAAUUUCGAAAAGUCCAGCGACUCAGAUGAGGACAAGAUAAGGGAGUUUGGAGAAAAGGACGCCGAAAGAAGCGAGAAAAUUGAUGAAAUCAGUGAGAAAGAUGAAUCAAGGAUUGCAGAUCUCGAGGAAAUCAAGACUGGCGCGACUGAAGCUUCAGCAAUUACACCGACAACAUCAGGAACUCAAGCUCAACAGAAGAAGCCAUGGCAUAAGAAAUUGAAUCCUCUCCGCUGGGGCUCGCCACCUCCAGUUCCUGAAAAGCCAGUGCAGAGCAGGGAACAUGAUGCUGGCUUCCUCAGCAAGUUAACAUUCCAAUGGAUGGGGCCGUUGAUGCAUGCUGGCUACCGAAGACCCCUGGAAGAGAAUGACAUCUGGACUGUCAAUCCGGACAGAGCCGUGGAGCCACUGACUCUGCAAAUGAAAGCAUCGUUCCAGAAACGGGUUGAAAGAGGUGACAAGCACCCCCUAUUCUGGGCUAUGCACGAGACUUUUAAGGGUGAGUUUUGGACGGGAGGCGCAUGUGCCCUCUACACCAGCAUCAUUCAAGUCAUAAGUCCAUUCACCCUUCGAUACCUAAUUCAAUUCGCUGCCGACGCCUAUGUAGCGAACAAGACUGGUGGGCCUCCGCCCCAUCUUGGUAAGGGUAUUGGGCUGGCCUUUGGCAUCACACUGAUGCAAAUCACCCAGAGUCUGGGAACGAACCACUACAUCUACCGAGGCAUGACAGUUGGCGGUCAGAGCAGAGGAGUUUUGAUUGGACUUAUCUACGAAAAGUCGCUGGUCAUUUCAGGCCGCGCCAAAGCUGAGGGUGCUUUGCAGAGCAACGCACCUGGUGCAAAAGACGAUGCUGAAGAUAAGAAGAAGGCCAAGAAAGCCAAAAAGGCGAAGCCGGAUGCGUCAGAUGGUACAGGCUGGGGAAACGGUCGUAUCACUGCUCUGCAGAGUGUUGACACGUAUCGUGUCGAUCAGGCAUCUGCCCUCUUCCAUAUGGUAUGGACGUCUCCUAUUUUAUGUCUCCUCACUUUAGCACUCCUGCUCGUCAAUAUCACCUACAGCGCCCUGGCUGGUUACGGUUUGCUUGUUAUUGGAAUGCCGUUCUUGACGAAGGCUAUUCGAAGUUUGUUUCACCGGCGACGAGCGAUCAAUCAAAUUACCGAUCAACGUGUGUCUCUUACCCAGGAAAUCUUGCAGUCAGUCCGCUUUGUCAAGUUUUUUGGAUGGGAGAAGGCUUUCCUCGAACGUCUCGGUGAUUUCAGAAAUAAAGAAAUCCACGCCAUUCAGAUCUUGCUUGCUAUUAGAAACGCACUCAAUGCCGUUAGCAUGUCACUCCCCAUCUUCGCCUCCAUGCUGUCCUUCAUCUGCUACUCCCUCACGCAUAGCGGUCUUACGGCUGCCGAGGUCUUCUCCUCACUGGCUUUGUUCAACGGUCUCAGAAUUCCUCUGAAUUUGUUGCCGAUGGUUCUGGGUCAGGUAAUUGAUGCGUGGGGCUCUGUUCAGCGAAUUCAAGAGUUUCUGCUUCAGGAAGAGAUGGUCGAAGAUAUGACAAUUGACACCACAGGUGAUGAUGCGAUUCGACUGGAAGGCGCCUCUUUUACUUGGGAAAAGUCCCACAAGGAAGAGUCUGAGAAGAGCGAGAAGGACAAGAAGCACAGCCAGGUCCAAACUCCUCAACACGAACCUUCAGGUGAUGACACAAGCACUUUGGUCGAGGAGCGAGAGCCUUUCAAGCUUCAAGAUCUCAGCUUUGGUGUAAAGAGGAACGAGCUUGUUGCUGUCAUCGGAUCAGUCGGUAGUGGGAAGAGUUCUCUACUGUCUGCACUUGCUGGCGACAUGAGGAAGACAGAUGGCCACGUUACCUUCGGCGCAUCCAGAGCCUUCUGUCCUCAAUAUGCUUGGAUUCAGAACACCACUCUCAAGAACAACAUCAUAUUUGGUAAAGAUAUGGACAAGAAUUGGUACAAAGAGGUCAUUCAAGCCUGCGCGCUCCAGGCAGAUCUCGAUAUGCUUCCCAAUGGCGAUAUGACGGAAAUCGGUGAGCGUGGUAUUACCAUCUCUGGAGGUCAGAAGCAGCGUCUCAAUAUCGCUCGAGCCAUCUACUUCGACGCCGAUAUCGUUCUUAUGGACGACCCCCUCAGCGCUGUUGACGCUCAUGUUGGCCGUCAUAUCUUCGAUAAUGCCAUUCUUGGCCUCCUCAAGGAUAAGUGUCGCAUCCUAGCCACCCACCAGCUCUGGGUACUCAGCCGCUGUGAUCGCAUCAUUUGGAUGGAGAACGGCAAGAUUCAAGCCGUCGAUACGUUCGAGAACCUUAUGAAGGACCAUAAAGGGUUCCAGUCUCUUAUGGAGACAACUGCUGUUGAGGAAAAGCGAGAAGAAGCCAAGAAACCCGACGAUGGCGAGCAACCCACGGCGGACGAGAAAAAGAAGAAAAAGAAGAAGGGAGCUGCCUUGAUGACCCAAGAAGAAAAGGCCAGUUCGAGUGUCUCGUGGUCUGUCUAUGCUGCCUACGUCAGGGCAUCUGGUUCCAUUUUGAACGCUCCGUUGGUGCUAUUCCUCCUUAUUGUCUCUCAGGGAGCCAAUAUCGUGACAAGCCUUUGGUUGUCAUAUUGGACUUCAAACAAGUUCAACCUCUCUACGGGUGUCUACAUCGCGAUCUACGCAGCACUUGGCGUUGUGCAGGCUCUCCUCAUGUUCGCCUUCUCUGUGGUCUUGUCCAUUUUGGGAACGAAAUCGAGUAAAGUCAUGCUUAGAAUCGCUGUAACUCGCGUCCUUCGCGCACCUAUGUCCUUCUUUGAUACGACACCACUUGGGCGCAUCACGAACCGCUUUUCACGGGACGUUGAUGUUAUGGACAACAAUCUUUCGGACGCACUCCGCAUGUUUUUGUUGACCGUGGGUAUGAUCACAUCUGUGUUCAUCCUCAUCAUUGCGUUCUACUACUAUUUUGUGAUCGCCUUGGUCCCUCUGUACAUUGCAUUCGUCACAGCAGCGAUGUACUACCGUGCUUCGGCACGAGAGGUCAAGCGUUUCGAAUCCGUCCUCAGAUCGCACGUCUUUGCUAAGUUUGGCGAGGGCCUCACAGGUGUCGCGUCGAUUCGAGCCUACGGGCUGCAGGAUCGCUUCGUUAAUGAACUACGUGAAUCUAUCGACAACAUGAACGGCGCUUACUACAUUACCUUCGCUAAUCAGCGAUGGCUCUCAAUGCGAAUCGAUCUUAUCGGUGUACUUCUUGUCUUUGUGACAGCCAUCCUUGUUGUUACGUCCCGUUUCUCGAUCAAUCCUUCCACUGGUGGCCUUGUUCUGAGUUACAUCCUCUCGAUUGUUGGCAUGAUGCAAUUUUCUGUCCGUCAACUUGCUGAAGUCGAGAAUGCUAUGAAUGCCGUGGAGAGACUUUACUACUAUGGUACUGAACUUGAGGAGGAGGCUCCUUCACAUACCGUCGAAGUUCGGAAAACGUGGCCCGAGAAGGGUGAGAUUGUCUUCGAUAAUGUCGAGAUGCGAUAUCGUGCUGGUCUCCCACUUGUCCUUUCAGGAUUGACGAUGCAUGUCAAGGGCGGCGAGCGCAUUGGUAUCGUUGGGCGUACUGGUGCUGGAAAGAGUUCUAUCAUGAGCACUUUGUUCCGUCUGGUUGAGAUCUCUGGUGGCAAGAUUACCAUCGAUGGCCUCGAUAUUUCCACCCUUGGACUUCACGAUCUCCGAUCCCGACUCGCGAUUAUCCCACAGGAUCCCACUCUCUUCCGAGGGACUGUCCGCAGCAACCUCGAUCCUUUCCAUGAACAUACUGAUCUCGCACUCUGGUCUGCUCUCCGCCAAGCAGAUCUUGUUCCUGCCAACGCUGCGUCGCCCGAAGAAGCACGCCGUACAAACGAUCCCUCACGUAUACAUCUAGACACCCCUGUCGAGGAAGACGGCCUCAACUUCUCGCUCGGCCAAAGACAGCUCAUGGCACUCGCGCGAGCUCUUGUCCGAGGCGCCCAGAUCAUCGUUUGCGAUGAAGCCACUUCCUCGGUGGAUAUGGAGACAGACGAUAAGAUCCAGGCUACCAUGGCAGUUGGUUUCCGCGGCAAAACGCUUCUGUGCAUCGCUCAUCGACUGCGAACCAUCAUUGGCUACGAUCGUAUCUGUGUCAUGGAUGCAGGGCGUAUCGCUGAGCUGGAUACACCGAUGGAACUGUGGAAAAGAGGCGGUAUCUUUCGCAGCAUGUGUGAUCGCAGUGGUAUCAGGGUCGAAGAUAUACAUGGUGCAAAAGAAGAGAUGGGUGUGGUGACAGGAGAGAGCAGUCAACAGUGAGAUGCUGAUAGCACAUGACCAUGAAAAUGGUGUUCAAGCAUAUAGAUUUAAUACAGUCAAUCAUAUACGAAAAGUCCAAUGACCCCGAAAGAUGCGGCAGCUCAGUUUAUAGAUCAGAGUCCAGUUAUUUCCAUA